UAUAUAAACCCAAACAAUGCCGGCCGAGCCAAGGCAGGAGUGCUUCCCUUGAGUCGGCAUGGGUAUCGAUCUCGUGGCCGGAGGCCGGAGCAAGAAGGCCAGACGCACUGCCCCGAGGUCCGACGAUGUCUACCUCAAGCUCCUCGUUAAGCUCUACAGGUUUCUCGUUCGGAGGACGGAGAGCAAGUUCAACGCAGUGAUCCUUAAACGGCUCUUCAUGAGCAAGAACAACCGGCCGCCCAUCUCCCUCAAGAGGCUCAUUACUUUCAUGGAGAGAAAGGAUGACAAGAUAGCCGUUAUUGUUGGGACGGUGACGGAUGAUAAGAGAGUGUACGACGUGCCGGCCAUGAAGGUGACGGCUCUGAGGUUCACGGAGACUGCUAGGGCGAGGAUUCUGAAGGCCGGUGGGGAGUGCUUGACCUUCGACCAGCUCGCCCUCCGAGCUCCUCUCGGGCAGAACACUGUUCUCUUGAGAGGCCCAAAGAAUGCCAGGGAAGCUGUUAAACAUUUCGGUAAAGCUCCUGGCGUGCCACACAGCCACACAAAGCCCUACGUCCGCUCCAAGGGGAGGAAGUUUGAGAGGGCCAGAGGAAGAAGAAACAGCAGGGGUUUCAGGGUCUAAGUCAGCCAAGCCGAUGUUCUUGACCCACUAUCUAUAUCAUCUCUUAGUAUGUGUUAAAUCUCAACCUCACAAGGAUUUCUUGCGCUUCUUAUCAACCUGAAUCAAUCCGACUUUGAUGUUUGUUGACUUCAAAUGAACUGCAUGUGUUUUUGGCCCUGGUGGUGGUAAACUGUGCAACAUGGCUUUCGUGUAUUUUUGAUUUAUCAUCUGAAUCAUUGACUUCCAUGGUAGAUGAUUUCAA